GGAUGCGGGGGACCAGAGGGCUCGCGGUUUGUUUGGGUUGUGGGCGGUGCGCGCACAGCCCGGGAAAAGCGGGAAAUGGCGGCGCCGAGCGCAGGCCCCCGGUCCGCCCUCCCGCAAAAGGGGCUGAUGACCGCUGAUAGGGGGCGCAGGAUACUGGGAGUGUAUGGCAUGCAUCCUGACCAUCAGGAAGCUCUCAAAAAGAACCGAGUGGUGCUGGCCAAACAGCUGUUGCUGAGCGAACUGUUAGAACAUCUCCUGGAGAAGGACAUUAUCACCUUGGAAAUGAGGGAGCACAUUCAGGCCAAGGUGUGCAGUUUCAGCCAGAAUGUGGAACUCCUCAACUUGCUGCCCAAGAGGGGCCCCCAGGCUUUUGAUGCCUUCUGUGUGGCCCUGAGGGAGACCAAGCAGGGUCACCUGGAGGACCUGUUGCUCACAACCCUGGCUGGUCUUCAGCACAUACCCCCACCGGUAUGGAGCCCUAGACACGUGUUGAGCUGCGACUACCAUUUGCGUCUCCCUUUCCCGGUUUGUGAGUCCUGCCCCCCCCGCAAGCAGCGCCGCCUGUCCCCAGAUACAGUGGAACACUCCCUAGACCAUGGAGAUGGGCCUCCCAGCCUUCAGGUGAAGUAUUGCACUCCUGAGUUUUAUCAAGCGCACUACCAGCUGGCCUAUAGGUUGCAGUCUCGGCCUCGUGGCCUGGCACUGGUGCUGAGCAACGUGCACUUCACUGGCGAGAAAGACUUGGAAUUCCGCUCUGGAGGGGAUGUGGACCACAGCACUCUAGUCACCCUCUUCAAGCUCUUGGGCUACAAAGUUCAUGUUCUUCUUGACCAGACUGCACAGGAAAUGCAAGAGAAGCUCCGGGAUUUUGCCCAGCUACCCGCUCACCGUGUCAUGGACUCCUGCAUAGUGGCGCUCCUCUCCCACGGCAUGGAGGGCGGUGUCUAUGGCGUGGACGGCACGCUGCUUCAGCUACAAGAGGUUUUCCGGCUGUUUGACAAUGCCAACUGCCCGAGCCUACAGAACAAACCGAAAAUGUUCUUCAUCCAGGCCUGCCGUGGAGAUGAGACGGAUCGUGGGGUCGACCAGCAAGACGGGAAGAACCAUGAGCGAUCCCCCGAGUGCGAGGAGAGCGAUGCCAGUAAAGAGGAGGGGCUGAAGAUGCGACUGCCCACUCGCUCGGACAUGAUUUGUGGCUACGCCUGCCUCAGAGGGACCGCUGCCAUGCGCAACACCAAGCGGGGCUCCUGGUACGUGGAGGCCCUCACUCAGGUGUUCUGUGAGAGGGCGUGUGACAAGCAUGUGGCCGACAUGCUCGUGGAGGUGAACGCGCUCAUCAAGGAGCGUGAAGGCUACGCCCCGGGCACGGAGUUCCACCGAUGCAAGGAGAUGUCCGAGUACUGUAGCACUCUGUGCCGCCACCUCUAUCUCUUCCCGGGACACCCUCCCACGUGAUGCCACCUCCCAUCACCUGGGCCACAUGGAGGCCGCUGGACCACGGGAGGUGUGAUAGAGCCUCCUGUCUCCAGGACGCAUGGUUUCUGUCCCUCCCCCUCAGGGAUUGGGAAUAUCCCAGGCUCAUUUCACACGCCCAUCGUCUCCAUCUUUGACCUCGGACUACAGGCCGGCUACUCCCAUGGGAGGCUCUCUCCCUGUGGAACCAGCUCCGGCUGGACUUGUUGCCUGGAGCGUUUGGCCUCAGUUGAGGGACCUGGCAAGUGAUGUUACGAACAUAGUGUCUCGAUGGGUGGGGAGAGGGCAUGUGGGUUUCCUCCAUGUUCGUGUUCAGUUUAUGCCCGCAGGGCUCUUGUAGGAAGCGUUUGGUGAUUGCUUUUAUUACUUUAGUUGAGAUGUCUCAGAGGUCAUCUCCCAUCUUUUCUGUCACAUCCCAGCCCCAUUUGUCUCAGAGUGAGUUUGGAAGGUGUCCUGGUUUAACAUAGACCUUUUUCAUUUGGUUUCAAAAGGCCGAGCAGGACAGGAGUCACUCUCUGCUGCUGUGGGUGGGCCCGUACCUGUGCAUUCAUUCCCUUCGGUUCCAGAAUGUUACCCCCCGGAAGGACUGUCUUCUCAACUCCACUCUUGGCUCCUUGGGGCUCAGGGAAUCCAGCGUUCAGCAGAGGUUAGGGUUUGGAUGCCUUGUAUCUGUUGCCUGUUGAUCUUUGCCCACGGAAGUUUCAAAGAUCUUUUAAUUGGUUGUCCUUUCUCCGAGCUUUGUACCUGAAAUGAGCCCUGCAGGGAGUGUCAGCAGAGGCAGAUAAGAGUGGUAUGCUUGUUCAUACUCUGUAAUCUGUCACCUUAUCCUCGUUUUUCUUCCUAUGAAGUGUCCCCUCUAUAAAAGCUUCCUAGUUAUCUCCCUGCUUCCUGUUUCUCCCCUCUUCACCUUCGUCUCAUCCUGUUUACUGCUGCCACCAGCUCUGUCUAAAAUACUGCUUAAUUGGAUCAUUUGGCUGCUCAGGGAUGUGAUGUAGUACCUUGUUCCCUCUUUCUGCUUCAGUAUUAAAUCCCCUCUUGAUUUUAUGUGGCCAGUUUCCCCUUCCUGUUAUGACUUUCCAUUUCAGGGAGACCACUGCUGUAUAUGUUAUUUGUUCACUCUAGAAGCCAUCUUUAUCUGUGCUUUUAUGAAACUUCCCUAUUCUUUUUUUGUGUGUGUGUGGUAUGUGGGCCUCUCACUGCCGUGGCCUCUCCCGUUGCGGAGCACAGGCUCCAGACGCGCAGGCUCAGUGGCCAUGGCUCACAGGCCUAGCCGCUCCGCGGCAUGUGGGAUCUUCCCGGACCGGGACACGAACCCGUGUCCUCUGCAUCGGCAGGUGGACUCUCAACCACUGCGCCACCAGGGAAGCCCAUUGGUUUGGGUUUUUAAGUAUAAAUCUGAUGCUGUUACUCCCCUGCUUGGAACCCUCUGGUUUCCUAUCACACCUCAAAUAAAAUCCAGACUCUUUACCUUGGCCUGCAGGGCCUCACUAAGUGCUGAUUUCCCCGUAACCCACUGCUGUCCUCAGUUUCUCAGACAUUCUGAGGCCUUUCCUGCCUGAGGCCAUCAGACACUCCUGGGUCCACUGAGUCCACUCUUGUGUCUGGUGGCUUCUUUCUUUAUCCUUCAAGUCUGAGCUUAAAUGCCACCUUGUUGUGGAGGCCUUCCCCGGCCAUUCUGUCUCUAAGAAUCAUGUUUCUUUAUUACUGUGUCCUGUUUAGUCCCCCUUAUUGCACUUACCACAAUGCGUAAUCAUCAAUUAGCGUGCUUCACUUGUUCAUUCCCGUCUCCACUUUAAGCUCCAUGAGAGCAGAAACCUUGUCUCUUUUGUUCACUAAUAUGUACCCAGUGCCUGACAUGUCUUGGAUCUUCAAUAAAUGUUUGCGGAAGGAAGGAAGCGACCCUAGCUAGACUCCUACUUUUUGACAAAAUUUCCCUUUUGGCAAAAUACCCAGUUUAGUAUUUGUACUAUUUCCCCACAUGUUUUGUUUCAUCCACUCGUAUCAUUAGCUCCUGAAGACAGAAGUCGCACGUAGGACAACCUUUUCCACACCUCGUGUGGUUCCGGGCACACUGCUCAGCCUCUCGUGGUUCAGGUGCUCGGUGAAUACUUGUUCUGCAGGGCGUCGGAGACUUGUUGCCAAGUGCUGCCCUGGGCUCGGUAUCGUAUGGAAGUGUUUGGGUGACAGAACCUUUCCUCUUCCCACUGCCAGGAUUUUGUAUUGCCAUCUGGUGCCAAAUAAACGCUCAUAUUUAUUACC